AUGCUGGACGACAUCAGCAUCAAGGGCAUUCUAGGCAAGGACAUCGACGAGGCGGUCAAUUCAACAGCAUCAUACGUCCCGUACGGCGCGCCGAACGAAGUCAAUGGAAACCCGGUCCUCUACUGGGUUGACCAAUCCGCGAGGAACCCGAAUGAAGCACCGCAGCCGCCGAACAAAGCAUACUCCGAGUACACAAAGGCCGAGCAAGUUCGAUACGGCAUCCUGAGCCCAGCAGAACAACGCGCGCAACCGUCUACCCUCAACCCGCAGGCCGCCGCCUUCGCGCCCGCAGCCCCCACCCAGUUGACGCCGCAGACUGCCCUUCCUCGCAAGUCAGUCGAAGAGAUUGUGAACGAGCUGCUGAGCCCGGGCUUCAGCAUCACGUACAGGGGCGUCGACCACCAGGGCAUGGCGACAAUCGACCUGCCCUUCGUCGUCAGGUGCAUGCGGCAUAGCGGUCAGGAGCACCUGGAGUUCAGCCACCAGUUGGGACGCGUGAUUCUGCGCAGGGAUUCGGAGUUGUUGGAGCGCGGUAGGGAGCUGGGUCUGCCGGACCUCUACAUGAAGUGGCUGGCGGGUGCGAAUGGGGAGCACAAGUUGCGGAUCCCGUUGGUGACGCUGCGCAAUGCAGCAAUGAGCAAUAAGGAGAAGAAGUGA